GUUGCCUGCGAGGCAUCUGAGGGCCAGGAGGUGUGGCUGGGUGGUUGGGGCUCUGGGGACACAGCUUUCCGGUGGGGCUGUGGAGGCAGCAGGCCCUGCGGCCCAGCGAGGAGGAAGCUGCAUGCAGACGCCUCCGAGCAGGCCCUGCGGAAGCCACAGGCCUGGAGGAAGUGAGCAGCGCGUGGCCCCUCCAGCCCCCCACGGCUAGGAACUUAACUUUUAUUUGGAAGCCAGUGAUCACGAGCUACAAGCUUCAUUCCCUGGUGUGAAGGAGGCAGCUGGGGCCAGCAAGGGACAAAUGGAGUCAGAGUCCUUGUACAACCUGCUGCAGCUCCCUAAGGUGACAGGCCCGCCGGCGGAGGAGGAACUCCCACAAGGGGAAAAGAAGAAAUACCUGCCCCCCACUUCCCGGCAGGAUCCCAAAUUUGAAGAACUGCAAAAGGUGCUAAUGGAGUGGAUCAAUGCCAAGCUCCUCCCUGAGCACAUUGUGGUCCGCAGCCUGGAGGAGGACAUAUUUGAUGGGCUCAUCCUGCACCACCUUUUCCAGAUGCUGACCGGGCUCAAGCUGGAAGUGGAGGAGAUGGCCCUCACGGCCCCGAGCCAGAGGCGCAAGCUCGAGGUGGUUCUGGAGGCCAUCAACGGCAGUCUGCAGGUGGAGGAGCGGCAGCUCCAGUGGAGCGUGGGAACCAUCUUCAGCAAGGACCUGCUGGCCACCUUGCAUCUGCUCGUGGCCCUGGCCAAGCACUUCCAGCCCGACCUGCCCCUGCCGACCAACGUCCAGGUGGAGGUGAUCACCAUGGAGGCAGAAUUUGAGCGCCACAAAUGGGCCCCCACCUACUCCUGCUCUCCAUUACCCCUUCCCCCAACCUCCGAGUACCUGCAAGAACCCGGAGGUAGAACGACAGCUCCCUCUGGACUGGGGACCCUGAGAAACUUGUAUGGAAAUACAGUCCCUGUUUGGCCCAAAGAUAACGGCAUGGUAAUGAGGUGUGUAUUGGAUCUGUCUGCAGAGGACGUCUUUGAUGAAUUAUUUAGGCUGGCUCCGGAGAAAGUGAACACGGUGAAAGAGGCCAUCGUGAACUUUGUCAACCAGAACCUGGACCGCCUGGGCCUGUCUGUGCAGAACCUGGAUACCCAGUUUGCAGAUGGGGUCUUCUUACUCUUGCUGAUUGGACAACUGGAAGGCUUCUUCCUGCACUUGAAGGAAUUCCACCUCACUCCCACCUCUCCUGCGGAAAUGCUGCACAACGUCACCCUUGCCCUGGAGCUGCUGAAGGACGAAGGUCUGCUCGACUACCCCAUCAACCCCGAAGACAUUGUGAACAAGGACGCCAAGAGCACGCUGCGGGUCCUCUACAGCUUGUUUCGAAAGCACAAGCUGCAGGAAAGCACGGAUAGCUUGCCCCGUGGACCCCCCAAUUAGCGGUCGCUGCCCCCAGAAGCUGCUUCUCGGAGCCCGCCUGCCUGCAGCAGCAGCAGCAGGAAGACCCACUGCCCCCGAGGGACCUGCCCCACCGCACGGCCCGUGCCCCCCGUCUCCUGUGUGUCUGCGGCGUGCCGGCCCCACCCCCACCCCCAUUCCCGUGUCCAUCUGAGUAUCUUUGAAUUCCGCAGGCAGGCAUGGAGGUGUUUUGAGCCACCCCCUGGCCUCACUCAGUUAAUAUUAACAAGUAUUAUUUCUGGGAGGGAUCUGGGGAGGCCGUAGUGUCCUGGGAGAGACGGUUCAAUCUGCUUGUGUACGAGCUUGCCCCCCACCUCCCUCCCAGUGCAGCUCCCCUUCCCACGGGCUGGGCAUGGAAGGUGCUCGGAGUCCCAUCUCCGAGGGCACCCAUGGGGGCCGCUGAGAGCCCAGUGAUGCUGACCUUCACUCGGGCUCCAGGGCCUGACCUUGGGAGCAGAAAGGACUCUCGGGUGUCAGGGCAGAUGGCCAGAGGCCCCAGCCUGCCCACAGUUAGCUAUUGCUAGCCUGUCUCUCCCUCAGGGGGAUGGACGUGGCUCCAAAACCAAGCCCCCGAGCCCCUUGGGGCAGUUAAGUGGGUUACUUGCCAGAGGAAGCGUGGGCCAGGCCCAACCCCACAACGGUGGCAGAGAACCUUGCCCAGAAAUCCCGAAGGAGAAAUCUUUGUGGUCCCCCAGUCUGUCCCAGGGAGGGGCCUUGCUCUCUCUCUGCUGAGACUUGGCACUUGCUGCCUAUGUUUCUCGAAGAAUAAGACCCUGGAGGAGUGUUGACCAUGGCCGUCCCAGUAGCCGACGUAGGGUGGGAACCAACCAGGACAAGGCACAGGGGGCAGGGAGUCAGGGCUGGCAGGGGAAGGCUGAGGUGGGCCCCACGGGGCUGCCGCUGGGCUUCUCCCCUGCAUUCCCAGCUCAGGACCCCCAUCGAGGACAGAGCCUGCUAGGUCUGGGGUCAUCACAGUUUGACGGCCUUGGACUUGGGGAGGGGCUUUGCGGUAGGGGGCUGGUGUGGGCCAGGCCAUCUCUGCUCCCUGGGGCCACUGCCGCCGCUGUGCCCAUCGGGAGCAUCACCUGUGCCUCCUUAUCCUCCGGAAUAUCUCCUGCUCUGAAACCUCCUUUGUCUGAUAUUAAUACAGCGAGGUAUCUUUUCCGUCUUUCUACUUUCAAACUCUCUGUGUCUCUGUAUUUAAAGAGGAUUCCUUACAGACACAAAUAGUUGUAUCUUUCUGACCAAUCUGAAUGCCUCUGCCUUUUAAUCACAGGAUUCAGUUGUUUUUUUUUUUUUAUUGUGGUAAAAUAUACUCGAUAAGCUGGCCGUUUUGGCCAUCUUGAA